UUUCAUACUCCAGACUCCCAGCGUAGGUAGAAGAUGGCAGCCGAGGCGUGAUUCGAGACCAGGACUUCUUCUCUCUCUCUGGCCGCGCGCGCUAGUAGGGGAUAUCUUUUCGUCUCGUAACGCCGAGCGGACGUCCGCGGAAGUAGUACGCUAGCGUGGUGCAUUAUCGCGUGUCCAGUGUACCAGCUUGCUCGAGAAAAUGUCCUAAAAAAGGAUUGCCGUCGCCGUGUUACACAUCGUUGUCGUGCCGGUUGUUAUCGGAUAAAGCGCGGGCCUUUCCCCCUCUCUCUUGCUCUCUUUGUCUCUCUCUCUUUUUCUAUCUCUCUCUUUCUCUAUCUUUCUAUCUAUCUAUCUAUCUAUCUUUGUCUUUGUUUCUCGUCCCUAUAUCUAUUUCUAUCUCUUUCUUUCUCUUUUCUUCCCUUAACAUAUAUAGGUUCAUACAUAUACUAUAUAAAGCCGCACGUAUAUAUCUCACACAUUCUUUCUAUUUCUCUCUCUCUCUCCUCUCUCUCUCUCUCUCUCUCUCUGUCCAUUUUUCUUUCUCAUCUUCGCCACCAACGUCUCUCUACAUCUCUCUGUCUCUCAGUCUCGCGGUCGCAGCUACGCUCUCUCUGGUCUACCGUUCGCACCCGCCAGAGAGCCGUGCACGGUAUUACCGCAGCACACACAUCGGGUGUUAUACUCAUGAUCCGACCGGCGACCAGGUAGUAUCGCUGAUUAUUAUGCGCGACAUGAGCAAAACCGGAAGCAGCGCCGUCAUCGUAGUGUUUCACGAGAGUCAUGUAAAAUGGAAUUAAACAAUGUUGUUAAGACGUAAACAUGUUUUGGGUACACUGUGGACUCUUUGUUCUCGUGAUUGCCGUACCUGGAUUUAUUAGCAGCGCCGCCAGCACGUCCAAGCGAGACACCGAUUACACGUUAGAUGAUUCCUAUUGGAACGAAGAAACCCAACCUGGUGAGGUCGAACGAUUACUACGAGAGUAUCGACAAAACCAAGAGCUAGUACGAAAUAUCGGCGCCAAUUACUAUCAGAUCAUCUAUCCAGUACAGUUACGGCAUCACGAGAAAAUGGGGAUAUCCACGAGAGAAGUUGGCGUUUCUAAGUUUCCUCAAAGAGGAUACGGGGAGGGAGGAUAUCAAAACUCUAGAGGCAGAUUAAGAAUAGGAAGGCACUUUCACCGGACGUCUCUCCUGAUCAAGGCCUUUAAUCAUAAAUUUCGCCUAGAUUUAGAAUUAAAUACGCAACUUUUAGCUCCGAAUCUUGUACAAAAAGACUUUUUAGUCAACGGUGCAGAACAAAGUUCUAAACAGGAGAUAGAACAUUGUUAUUAUCACGGCACCGUAAGAGAUUAUCCAGGAGCUAUCGCCGCUUUUCACACGUGUAACGGUGUCAGUGGUGUCAUACAUUUAGGCAACGAGACUUUUGUCAUUCAUCCGUUCUACGGCGGCGAUCUGUCGCAGAAACAUCCUCACGUUAUAUUUGAAGCUCGAACAAAAGCGGACAAAGGCUGCGCUAACUUUGGAAAUCUUGAGUGGCGUACGAAGAACCGCCGGCAGAAGGAUGUUUUGUGGCUAUCGGAAAGCACUUCCGAUCGGUACAAGAGAGACGUCCGUGAAGCAACCAAAUACAUCGAAACUGCCAUCAUUAUCGAUAAGGCUAUGUUUGACAAAAGAAACGGUAGCACCAGAGCUGAGGUUGUUCACGAUGCCAUCCAAGUUGCAAAUAUCGCGGAUUUGUAUUUCUGUAAAUUAAAAACUAGAGUCUCCGUCGUAUACAUCGAAACCUGGCAAGGUGGUAACCAAAUGGAAAUCACUAAAGAUAUGGAUAUUGAUGAAGCUUUGCUAAAGUUUAGUGAUUAUAUGUUUCGGAGGAUAUACAAUGGUGCUCAGGACACCACCCAAUUACUUACGGGUGAGACUUUCUCAGGUGGAGAAUCAGGGGUGGCUGUACCGCAAACUGUGUGCAGCCAAAAAUCUAUAGGAAUCAGCGUCGAUUUAAAUACUUACGAACCCCAUCUUUUAGCCGGUACGAUGGCUCAUAUGAUAGGCCAUAACAUUGGCAUGCAUCAUGACGAUGGACGAAACGAGUGCAGCUGCUACGAUUGGCACGGAUGUAUCAUGGCACAAUCCAUCGUCGGCUUGCAAAACGUUCAGCCCUACAAGUUUUCCGAAUGUAGUAAAAAAGAUUACAUAGAAACUUUAAAAAGCGGCAGCGGCAUUUGCCUUUUUAAUAAACCAAACGAGAUAGAUGUAAGAAGAGAAUGCGGAAACAAGAUGAUAGACGACGGGGAACAAUGCGACUGCGGUUCGUUCGAGGAAUGUCACGAGCUCGAUCCUUGUUGCGAUCCGAUCACUUGUAAACUCACAUCGGAGGCCGAAUGCGCUACCGGACCUUGUUGCAGCAAUUGCAAGUUACGUGCACGUGGCGUCAUUUGCCGCGAAUCGACGAACGAGUGCGAUCUUCCGGAAGUUUGUUCCGGAGAAACAGGUCAAUGUCCACCGGAUGUUUAUAAGAAAAAUGGGAAUCCAUGCUCGAAUAACGCUGGUUACUGCUUCAACGGUGUCUGCCCGGCUUUGAAUCUUCAAUGCGAGCAGGUUUGGGGCUACAGCAGUACCGCAGCUGACAAGCAAUGCUUCGUACAGUUCAACUCAAAGGGUUCUAUCAACGGCCAUUGCGGCACCGACGCUUCCGGUCAUUUCGUCAAAUGCGAGUCAGAUAACGUUCAUUGCGGAUCGCUUCAAUGUCAACUUGGCUACAAGCAACCUAUUAUCGACGGAAUGGAUGAACUUUAUUCUGUUACGCAUAUAACGAUGAAGGGUCAGGAAUACGAGUGCAAAUCGACGUCUGGUAAAGUAGAAGGUUCCGAAAUGCCAGGUUGGGGAUUGGUUCGUGACGGCACGUCUUGCGGUGAUAAUCUGAUUUGCGUAAAUCAAACUUGUACGAGCCUUUUCCUACACAUUAAUCAAGAUAAAUGUCCCAGUAAUCACAAUAACAACGAAUGCUCAGGAAAUGGCGUAUGCACAAAUAGCAAUAAGUGCUAUUGUAACCCUGGCUGGAGUGGAACGGACUGUUCCAUACAGCAGGAGAUUCCAACUAUAGUGCCAGCAGUUCCCACAACCGAACCAUCGGAUGAAGGUAGCUCAACUCCUAAUAUGGGGAAGAAAGAGACCCCCUACGAGAACUACCACGGCUCUAACACUGUAUUUUUAGUUGGUAUGCUCAUGUCGGUGGUAGGGGGUGUUUUCAUAGUAUUUGCUCUGAUGGCUCUCUGCUACAGGUCAGUCGUAGUACAUAAAAACUUCUCCCUCUGUCUCAGAAGAAAGAGCACCAUCCAGAAGUAUGAUCAGCCAUAUUCGAAGAAGCCACAACAGAAAAGCUAUACCAGUGUUUCGAGCAACCAUCAUCUAGAAGAAGCGGCACUCGAUAGCGUGGACAAGAUCCUUGACUAUGGGAGAAUGCCUCAGUACAGCCGCAGCGAGCCCCAGCGCGUGCUGUUUCGGACCCCGAAUAACGUCGCCGUUGCAGACGGGCCAAGACUCAAGGACCACAAACCGCAGAUGAAGAGGCGCGACGAGGAAGACGGAGGUACGGGAGGAGAGGAGGUUGUCUCUUUCAUUGAUGUCUCACCAAACAAUCUGACAAAGUUGCCUGAGAAGGGAAUUUUAAAGAAACACAGUGGUUAUGGUAGAGGCGGCAUAUCCGAAGUUGAACGUACAUUGAAUCAAUUGAACGGCUAUCACGAAAAUAUAAUCGAAGUAUUGAGAAACGCUGGUAUUCGUCGCGAUCCAUCAGAAACACCAUCAGGAAGUGGUAAUCUUCUUGACAACGAGGCAAUUCGCAAAUCAUUGGCAGAGUGCGGUUAUCCCGAUUCUUAUUGCAAGGAUACAGAUGAACACGAUCACAUGGACAACAUGGAUAAUCAGGAUGACGACGAUGUGGACGUAGGAUUACAACCUUGUGGUACGAUACGCAUACGCACUCUCGAGGAUAUCAUCAAGCAGCUGGAACGUCAUUCGGUUCGGCACAUGAGUCCGAGCGGCUCUGAAGAGAUUAGAAUGUCUGAGAGCGAAGGGGAUCGUCAUUACAGACUCGACUCCUCUGUCUGUAGCGAAUCCUCUCAAGGAAGCAGAAGGUGUAGCCGCGGCCGAGACGAUGACCCUAGACUCGUCUACGGUAGAUAUCGUCAGCCAUCGUCUCGAAGUCCUUACGGUACUCAUCAGCACACUCGUCAACACACUCAUCAAAUGCACGAGGAGGAGGGUAUCUAUGAAACUGCCGAUCCCGACAGAGGCUCGAAUACUAGGGGUGAAACGCCCGAUAGUGAAAGUGAUACGUUUAUUCAAGCUCAACAACAAUUAGCCCGGUGGACGAGUGAGGAGGGGGUACAGCACCGACCACCACAACAGCCACCACCACCUUCCGCGCCAGCCACGGCAGCCAAGCAGUUGCAGUUGCAGCAGCAGCAGCAGCAGCACCACCACCACCACCAUCAACAGCAGCAACAGCAUCAGCAGCAACAACAACAACAGUUACAAUCACAGCAUCAACAGCAGCAGCAGUUACAAUCGCAGCAGCCGCAACAGCAGCAGCAGCAGCAGCAGCAGCAGCAGCAGCAACAGCAACAGCAUCAACUGCCCGUGGAGCAACUGCCAAUUAAGCAGCGCGGUUAUUAUCCAUCCCCACCCUUCAACGACAGCAGCAGCAGCAGCAGCGUCCUCGCGAACGACGAGAUGACGAGAAACGCUCAAUCCCAAGCGAAAAAGCUCCCUGACGUUCGUGGAAUCAAUGUUAAUCAUUUGCCUAAUAUUAACAAAUGCCCACUAGACGAUAAUUUUAGUCUAGAUUGUAACAUAAAUAAUGGUUCCCCUAAAGAAUUAAAUACCAACAACACUAGUGAUAACGAAAAUACUGCCCUACUGCCCCCUUCGCAUUUUCCUGAGUACAAGCAUUGAUAAUUAUUAAUCGAUGACAGAUAGUGUCCAAAACAUAGUGGUGUGAUUUAAUCUUGAACUCGCAUUUUAUACUGAAUAGUGUAAAUAACGAUAAACUAUGAAUUAACGAACAAGAACAAAGAAACAAGCACACGCAAAAAAAAGACGAGAGAGAGAGAGAGAGAGAGAGGGAGAGAGAAAAAAAAGAGAGAGAGAGAGAGAGGGAAAUGAGAAAGGAGAAAAAAGAGGAAGGGAAAAAAGAACGACACGAGCGACCGAGAGCCAAGGGUCUUAAGAGCGGCACGACGGGCGAAGAAUACGACCGAUAUUACAAUUAUAAUAAAUUAACAUUAAUCUAUAUGAAAUGUUUAUUAAUAAACAUUAGUAAAACGAUUUACUCAAAAAGA